UGAGGAGAAGCCACAGGGGGGGGUGGUUUUUGUAAGGAUUAAAUUUCCUUUCGUUUCUUGGGGAGGGGGGGGGGGGCUUCUCUUCUUUAUUUUUUGGGUGGGUUUCUUUACACGUUUAUAUACAAUAAUAUAAAUUUAUAUAAUAUAAUACUAUGAGGCUCUACAUAUCUCCUGGCAUGCGCCGCAUCACCAUCUCCUCUUCCCUUCGACACUCCGACUCCGUACGGCUAAAGGUGCAUUCCACCUGGUCGUACCGGCGAUUAUUUGUGUUCCUAUUGUUGUCUGCAUUUGUUGUACCUCUGGUCUUCAUCUCGGCGGCAUUGAUCAUGCUUGAAGAUCCGACGGCCUGCAAGACUGAAGAUUGUCUCUACAUUGGGGGAAGACCCAUCUUGCACCCGAAGUUUAAGAUUUUGAAGAAAGUACAAGAGGAUCUGGAACGGCGGGAUUUAAAUCCAUUCGUUGAGAAGCAGCUUGACCCUCAGGCGAUGAGAGAGUGGGACAGAGAGUGGGACGAUGGAGAAAAGAAGCAGCAGCAACCAGUGGUUGUGCCUGUAGAGACUCCUGCUACCCUUGCUGACUUGAUAGAAUUGGCCAAAAAGAGCAAACUUGGGACUGAGGCAAUUAUUUCAAUGAUGAAAGCUAUGGUGCAAAAGGAAGAAGAGAAAGUGAAAAUGGCCAAGCUUCAGCGAUCUAUCUUUCGUCAUUUUGCUUCCAAGGGCGUGCCUAAGGGUUUGCAUUGCCUGUCCCUGAGAUUGACCGAUGAAUAUGCCAACAACCCAGAUGUUCAGCAGCCUCUUCCUCCACCUGACAAAAUUGACCGUCUGACGGACAAUUCCCUCCACCAUUAUGUUUUGAUUACUGACAAUGUUCUGGCUGCCUCAGUUGUCGUGGCUUCUGUUGUCCAAAACGCUGUAAAUAAGUCCAAAGUGGUCAUGCAUGUCAUCACCGAUGAAAUCACGUUUGGAGCGAUCAGUGGGUGGUUUGCUAUGAAGGCCAAUUAUAUGGGAGAUGCUACUAUUGAUGUGAAGAGCAUUCAACAGAUUUCCCGGGCUGUGCGGUUGUCCUUUCCUGUGAGCUCGUGGCUUGAUUCGUCAUUGCAACUUCAAGCCCACCUCUAUGGAUACCAAGCAGUGGAAGAAGAGCUUAUGGACCCCCCCGCACCCUUGGAAACAUCAACGACCACAGAGGCAAAGCACGCACGCUUCACGCCGUGGAUGAGUCAGCUGAGAAUGUACAUGCCGGAGGUGUUCCCAGGUCUGGAUAAGAUUGUGUUUCUUGAUGAUGACGUCGCUGUGCAGUCUGACCUUUCGGGACUCUGGGACAUUCCGAUGGAAGGGAAAGUCAAUGGGGCAGUGGAGACCUGCAGGACGGGGGAUGUCAUGCUUACAUCAAAGCGCUUCAAGUCGUACCUCAAUUUCUCCCAUCCUGUCAUUGCUCAGAACUUCAACCCCGAAGAAUGUGCAUGGGCGUAUGGGAUGAACAUAUUCGACCUCAAGUCGUGGAGGCGGUCAAACAUCACGAAGGUGUAUCUUGAAUGGCAAAAGAGGAACGAAGAAGAAAACAUGAGGUUGUGGCGCCUCGGCACUCUACCUCCGGCACUCAUUGCCUUUCGAGGUCAUGUAAAGCCCCUCAGUUCCAGAUGGCACUUGCUGGGACUUGGGUAUCAACCCGGGGUCAAUCUGCGGGCAAUUGAGAAGGCAGCGGUUAUUCAUUACAAUGGCCCAGCAAAGCCGUGGCUAGAUAUGGCGAUUCUGGAUUUCAAGCCAUUCUGGACGAAGUACGUGGAAUUUGAUGACGAGUUUGUCGCUGAUGGAUAUGCUUGGCGGGCGAUGCGGCUGUCCUCUGGUGAUGUGCCAGCUGCCAGGUGUACAUGUAAAGAGCCAACGUGUUCAAGCAUGUUCAUCCACAUGCAGGCAAGACUAGGGUGUGGGACCAUUACAAUGAUGCCAUGUGCCGAUGCCAUGUCAAAUCUAUAUGUUUGCGAUAUUUGGUCGUCAGCGCUGAGGAUGAUCAUCUGUAAUGGGCAUCACAGAAGAGAUGGUGGGGCUGGUGGCGAUGGUGAUGCUGAUGCUGUUGAUGUUGAUGUCUUCAGCACCAGCUUUCAACAACUGCCAGACAGGAUAGCAUGGUAUCGCUGGUUGGAGACACAACAUCCUCUGGACUCUGGCAUCCGCCCACUCACACGACAGGGCACGUCUGCACGAGUCGGUGACCACUCUCUGGCGCAGGAGGAACAUCACAAUGCAGACGUGCGCAAGAGGAACUUCACAAUGCAGACGUACGCUGGAGGAACAUCGCAAUGUAGAUGUGAUGCAGACGAGUGCAGGAGGAACAUCACAAUGCAGUUGCAGUGCAGACGUGCACAUUUGGAACAUCACAAUGCAGUUGCAAUUUCGGACACGCGCAGGAGGAACAUGACAAUGCCGUUGCAAUGCAGAUGCGCACAGGAGGAACGUCACAAUGCAGUGGCAAUUCAAAUGUGCGCAGGAUUAACAUCACAAUGCCGUUGCAAUGGAGACGUGUGCAGGAGGAACAGCACAAUGCGGUUGCUAUGCAGACGCACAGAGGAGGUGGUACACAAUCAGCAACUGCUCUCUGUAUUGCAGAGGCUGUCAAGAAUUGUCGCUUGAUUGUAAUCGCUAGGUCUGGGCUGAGGUGAUGUUCGCAGCAGGUGCACGACUGAUCCUAUCUCAGAUGCCAAAGUACCUUUGACAGCUUCCUGCAAAGUUCUGCGAGGUCAUAAAUUUGCGCACCUCUGUCUCCUUUCCUUGUGUUGCUGGCUUGCACUGCUAUGCUGAAGUGCGCUUCUACGCCGAAGCGUUGUUCGAUUGACGAGGGUUUCCUUAUUUCGUUGACUUAAGAGUUGUUUGAUUUGAUUGUCCGUUAGAAACAAAGUGCAAAUAGAACAGAGCGUUGCUGCAAUUUUAGUGAUUUGUGAAAUGCUACCCCCUGGCGACUUUUUUUUGAAACCAUCGAAGCGACCGGGUAAGCGUUCCAGCAUUCUGUCGGGAAAGGUUGCCUCUACUUCCAGAAUGUGUUUGAGUUGAUUUGCCACGAGAAGUGUGCACGAUUGGGUAGAUGACUAGAGAAGGAAGGUAGCAGUGUUCGCCUGAGUGACACUGGCAUGUGGCACAGGAGGUCUGUGAGGGAGGGAGUCGAUGAACUUGGCUGCAAGCGUACUUGUGAAACGCUCCAUAUUUUUUUUUUCACUGGUUCGAACUUCGAACUGGUACCCUGUGUAGCACACCGAACAUGUUCGGGUGCUCGGCCGAAUGCCUCCUGAACGCUUUCGGUCGAACAUAUUAAAAAAAAAAAAAAAAAAAAAUCUUUAUUAUUUUUUGAGGUUUUUGAUUUUUUACUCGAGUUUGGUUACGAAUUUGAGCAUACCUCUCAGCCGAAAGUUGUUUUUGUAUUAUUAUUUUACAUAACAUGCCGUUUUUUGAACUUUUUCAGAAUUUUCUGAGUUUUUUUUUUUUUUUUUUUUUUAAUAUUUAUAUGUUCACGUUCGAAGGGUUUUGGCGCUCAUUCGGGUUUGGUCGCGAACGUUCGGGUUCGGUCACCGAACCCGAACACGAUGCUACACAGGUUAUAGCAAUAGGUUAGUAGAGGCAUGGUAGGUAACUCAUGCGACACGUCAAUAAUGCGGUACUAAAUUGAGAGUUGCUGAUCUUGGAACACACUCAUGUAGUGCACAAUUCUUCAGCUGACUACUCUCUUUCCCUCAGCUGGCUGCCCCCUUCCUUCCCCCCCCCAAUCAGGACAAGACUGGUGGUGCCCCGCUUUCAUCUUGGGUUGGUCACCCACCAACUUCCCCUGCCCAAAUUGAAGUGAUAGUAAAGUGGAACCCAUACCCACCGCUAGAUGCGUGAUCGACGUCUAGCUCAGUUGGUAUUGGCCCCCAAUGAAUUGUUGAAAUACAGGGCCAAGUUCAAAUCCAGAUGCAAUCAGACGAACCGAAUAAUAUACUUCUGAAUUACCUGGGGCAGGUCGGUUCAAUGAUGAUAUCUCGAAGCCGUUGCCCUGCAACUUUCAAGGGAAGAAAGAUAUGUGAUCGGUGUCCGUUCAGUUUCAAUGAUGAAGGCAGCACUGCAGUUUUGAGGCAGCUUCAUAAGGAUGGUUGGAAAAGUACACGCCGGGGGUGAGAGAGUUUUUUUUGGGUUUAAGGCGCAGCUUCAUAAUUCUAUCUGGAGGACAAGCAGCAGGAGGAGUGUUUAAGGCACUGUGGGAAUGUGUCGCUGUCGUUAAGUGCCAUAUAUCUGGUCUAUUUUAGCGAAGAAGACAAUCCUGAAAAAGUGAAGUGAUGUGGCGCGUGGUGCGCCGCCGCCUCCUAUAGUGAAGGUUGUGAAUGCGACUGACGCAACCCAUUCACGUCGUUUGCCGCUUCGAGAGUGGAUGGCAGAUGUGAGGAUAUAAUCGUUAAUCAUGCGACAUGCCAAUUAGUGACAGAUGCAGAAUACUUGCUACGCAUGAUACGUUGGAGGGGCAAGAGAGGAGAGGAGAUUGGUGAGGGAAGAAUGGUGGAAGGAAGAAGGGAGAGGAAGGUCGAAAGUCUGAGGAAGUGCGGAAGGAGGAACGCUUGAACGGAAUGAAAGAAAGAAGAGUGCCCAGGAAGUGUCAGACAACAAGGAGAGCAGGACACGGUAAAGAGCAGUGAGGCCCGGCUCGGAAGACGAAGGGAGAAUCAAAUGAAGGUGCGAUCAAUACCCUAUCACAUGUAAUGUUUUUGUGGUUUUAAGACUUGAACGAGUCUUGAAGGGCAUGUUCACACUAGUGAUAUUCCCAGAUGCCUCUCUUCAUAAUUACGCACAGAUUCGGCCAGGUAUCGGAAAAGUGCCGGAGUGAGGAAGCGCCCUUAUAAACUCAAUUGCUGAUUCCAGAUAUUUCCGAAUAUUCUGCUUCUUCUGGGAUGCAGGCUGAUUGCUCCCUUUUUUGGGGGAAAAAGAGGGCGGCAGUGCCGACUGCUUCUUUACGUGUUCAGACUCCAGAGUGUUCAUUAAUGUUUGCACAAAGAUACGUUUGAGAAAAUGCUGUGCCUGUAUUGUAGUAUUGUUUUUUAGUAUUUGAGUCAAAAUUUGACUGAAUUGUUUUAGUAAUAUAGCGAAGUGAGACUGACAUGCAAUAUGAUCGAGGAGGUUUCUCUGCGAGAGGUCACAGCCUAAACGAUUUAUUUAUUUAUUUUUGUGUAAAGUUCUAAUGAAAUGCAACCUGGGAU